ACAUCCAACCCACUGAAAAGAGAGAUAUUAAGGAGCUUCACCUACAGACCUGCUGGAGGUUUAUAUACCCUCUAAAAGUUUCCAACUAAAAAAAGAAUCAGAGCCUCAGCUUGCAAAAUUAGAGCUGAACUUAAAUUUUUCCACAAAAGAGGUUUCUUGAAGAAACCAUGGAGAUCGGAGGGGCAUUCGUUCUGCGGAAAAGGCAAGUUCUGAUUAUCUUUGUUUUACUGGGAUUGUCUCAGGCAGGUCCUGAGUCUGUGCGCUAUUCUGUGGCAGAGGAAACAGAAAUUGGCUCUUUUGUGGCCAAUCUGGCAAGGGAUCUGGGGCUUGGGGUGGAGGAGCUCUCUUCGCGGGAGGCGCGGGUAGUGUGUGAUGAUAAUGAAAAGCAUUUGCACCUCGAUUUGCUGACCGGGGAUUUGCUAGUAAAUGAGAAACUGGACCGGGAAGAGCUGUGUGACUCCACGGAGCCCUGUGUGCUGCAUUUUCAGAUGGUACUGGAAAACCCUUUACAGUUUUUUCGGGCUGAGCUGCAUAUCAAAGAUAUAAAUGACCACUCCCCUACAUUUCUUGACAAGGAAAUAGUUAUUAAAAUAUCAGAGAGUACCAUUAUUGGAACCACAUUCCUAAUGGAGAGUGCCCAAGAUUUGGAUGUAGGAAGCAACAAUCUCCAAAACUACACAGUUAGCCCGAAUUCUCACUUGUACAUUAAAAUUCAAGACAGUGGUGAUGGAAAGAUAUACCCUGAACUGGUCCUGCACAGAGCGUUGGACCAUGAGGAGGAGCCUGAGCUCAGAUUAACACUCACAGCACUGGAUGGUGGAUCCCCGCCCAGGUCUGGGACAACUUUGGUCCUCAUCAAGGUCUUGGACAUCAAUGACAAUGCCCCAGAGUUUCCUCAGAGGCUCUAUGAGGUGCAGGUCCUGGAGGACACACCUGUUGGCUCUUGGAUUAUCACCAUCUCUGCUAAGGAUGUGGAUGCAGGACACUAUGGGAAAAUAUCUUACACAUUUUUUCAUGCAUCAGAAGAUAUUCGUAAAACAUUUGAAAUCAAUCCACUAUCUGGGGAAGUUCAUUUGCGAUCACACUUGGAUUUUGAAGCAAUACAGUCAUACAUUAUAAAUAUUCAGGCAACAGAUGGUGGGGGUCUUUCGGAAGAAUGCACUCUUCUGGUUAAAGUAAUAGAUAUAAAUGACAAUCCACCAGAAGUGACCAUGUCAUCAAUUACAAAGAUAAUUCCAGAGAGCGCCUCAGAGACCCUUGUGGCUCUUUUUAGUGUCCGAGACCAAGACGCUGGGGAAAAUGGGAGGGUCGUUUGCUCUAUUCAAGAUGACCUCCCAUUUUUUCUGAAACGGACCUUCAAGAACUUUUUCACUCUAGUUGCAGAAAAAGCACUGGACAGAGAGGAAAGAGCCGAGUACAACAUCACCAUCACCGUCACUGACAUGGGAACCCCCAGGCUGAAAACCGAGCACAACAUAACCGUGCUGGUGUCCGACGUCAACGACAACGCCCCCGCCUUCACCCAGACCUCCUACACCCUGUCCGUCCGCGAGAACAACAGCCCCGCCCUGCACAUCGGCAGCGUCCGCGCCACAGACAGAGACGCGGGCGCCAACGCCCAGGUCACCUACUCGCUGCUGCCGCCCCUCGACCCGCACGUGCCCCUGGCCUCCCUGGUGUCCAUCAACCCGGACAACGGCCACCUGUUCGCCCUGAGGUCCCUGGACUACGAGGCCCUGCGGGCGUUCGAGUUCCGCGUGGGCGCCGCCGACCGCGGCUCGCCCGCGCUCAGCAGCCAGGCGCUGGUGCGCGUGCUCGUGGCGGACGACAACGACAACGCGCCCUUCGUGCUGUACCCGCUGCAGAACGCCUCGGCGCCCUGCACCGAGCUGGUGCCCAGGGCGGCCGAGGCGGGCUACCUGGUGACCAAGGUGGUGGCGGUGGACGGCGACUCGGGCCAGAACGCCUGGCUCUCGUACCAGCUGCUCAAGGCCACGGAGCCCGGGCUGUUCGGCGUGUGGGCGCACAACGGCGAGGUGCGCACGGCCCGGCUGCUGAGCGAGCGCGACGCGGCCAAGCACAGGCUGGUGGUGCUGGUCAAGGACAACGGCGAGCCGCCGCUGUCGGCCAGCGUCACGCUGCACGUGCUGCUGGUGGACGGCUUCUCGCAGCCCUACCUGCCGGCCCCGGAAGCGGAAGCGGCGGACGCGGCGCCGGCCGCCCCUCUCACCGUCUACCUGGUGGUCUCCUUGGCGUCGGUGUCGUCGCUCUUCCUUUUCUCGGUGCUGGUGUUCGUCGCGGUGCGGCUGUGCAGGCGGAGCGGGGCGGCCUCGGAGGGUCGCUGCUCGGUGCCCGAGGGCCCCUUUCCGGGCCACCUGGUGGACGUCAGCGGCACGGGGACCCUGUCCCAGAGCUACCAGUACGAGGUGUGUCUCAUGGGAGGUACUGGGACGAAUGAGUUUAAAUUUCUGAAGCCGAUUAUCCCUAAUCUUCCAGUCCAAGACACCGGUAGGCAUAUAGGGGAAAAUGAGAACUUUAGGAAUAGCUUUGGAUUCAACAUUCAAUAAAAUAAUUUACUUUAAACUUCUAAUCUUUUGUCAUUCUUGGCAAACUGUGGAUCCAUUUUGCCAAUCUGUAAUAGAUUUUACGUUGGACGGUAGUUGCAUGCAUUAUCAUUUCUCAUGUUCUCCUCACAGUUGCUUUAAAAAUCUUUAUUUGUGGCUAUAAUGACAUGGAAAAAUAAUCUGUGU